AGAUUCUGUGGAAAUGGAACUCGCAGCCAGUUUUGAAGUACGGCAUGCAGGUGGGUGACUUCAUGCUGGCUACAAAUACUCUUCUUUCUGGCAACAACUACAGGAAGAUUGCCCUCCUCUUUCAAUUUAUGAAAAUGCCAAUGGUUGCUGAGGGGACUUUCUUCCGAAUUGAAGAUGCUUAUUGCAUUGCUCCGGUCCAGGAAUGUUGGGAAAAAAAUAGGGCGGUCAUUGUAGACCGGUUUUGUCAUGAAGAACAUGUCGUUGUCCUAGGUGAUGGCAGAAUGGACUCUCCAGGACACUAUGCACAAUACUGCACUUACACAACUCUUGAGCAAGAGUCAAGAGACAUUGUGCACAUUGUCACCGUAGACAAGCGUGAAACGAACAGGAAUUCCGUGAUUAUGGAGAAGGAGUGUUACAUCAGGACCAUGGACGCUAGCCUGAGCAAAUCUAAAUUUGCCGAGAGUUGCCCAGGCUACAUGGACGCACUAAUCCAGGAAAUUCCUGUCCGAGAAGUUGUCACGGAUGCCCACCCACAAAUCUCCGCCUUGCUUAAUCCAGAGCGUGGGCGCUACAAAAAUAUUCACCACUCUCUGGACAUAUGGCAUGCUGCCAAAAAUCUUGGAAAGAAGUUACGACGGGCUGGCACAAUAAAAAAUCAGAAUUCAAUUCUAGCCUGGAUGAAGGACAUCGUUAAUCACUUUUGGUAUUGCUGCAAACCAGCAUUGACCGAGGAGCAGUUCAAGAUGAUGUGGCAUGGAGUCCUACACCAUGUCUGCAAUCAACAUUCAUGGGCAACUGGAUGCUGUGAACAUGAGCCUCUGGAUGAAGGCAGCCAAAACAAGCCAUGGAUCCAUCAAGGUUCAGCAGCUCAUCAGGCACUUACAGCAAUCGUGCUUGACAAGCGCUGGUUGAGCCAGGUGAAGAAGUUCAUCAACUUCAGGACCACUUCUGAUUUGGAAAGCUUCCAAAAUCAUAUACUGAUGUAUGCGGCAAAGCGCUUCGCCUACAGCCCACCUCUAUACAGGACGCGAGUUUUGCUUGCCGCAUUAGAUUACAAUAAUAGAAUAAUACAAUAA